AAAUGUGAAUAUGCUAGCUGAAUUGCUCGAUCUUGGCAGGAUAGCCGACCCUCCACUCCACGAGUCCAUAGACAUCAUUGUUCGCAGUUGAUAAAGACGACGCCCCAUGUUAUCUCCUGCCACCCAAUACCUGAAGAGCAGGCCAUUUUGAAUCAAAGAUUUUGAUGGGCGUUUCUUAGUGCUUCGUGUAGUCUUAGAACUGAGAUUAACUAUGAAACUUCAACGCUUUCCCACUUUGAGUGCCAUUUCAUCCUCUAAGCGCUCGCUUUAUUCCGGCCAACUACCACACACACCGCAGCCGCAGCCGCAGGGUAUUCCCAAUGUUAAAUUAAGUGGUGAAGAGUUUGUGGCCACAUUGCUUGAUAGAAGAUGGACACUGCCAAAGCCUGAUACCAAAAUUCAGCAAGUAAUUCUAUCUUCAAAGCAAGUAACACACCCUUUUCUUGAAAUGAAUGAGAAGGAAAGCCAAGAACCAUCUUUCUAUGUCGUGAGGGAUGAUUUACUGCAUCCAUUAGUAAACGGUAAUAAAUCAAGAAAAUUGGAUGCAUUGUUUCCUCUUGUUGAAGAUCAUUUGGUGACAGAUGUGGUUACAUGUGGAGGGUGUCAAAGUGCACAUGCAGCUGCUGUAGCUGUUUCAUGUGCAGAGAGAGGAAUAAAGUCUCAUUUGCUUUUACGUGGGGAGCAGCCUGAAAUUCAAACGGGCUAUAACUUGAUAUCAUCAUUAUAUGGAAAUGUCACUUAUAUUCCAAGAUCUGUGUAUUCUGACAGAAAAAAUAUGCUAAGGAGCCAUGCUGAUUAUGUGGCAGGCAAUAGUGGUCAUGUUCUUUGGUUUGAUGAUAUUUUGGAGGCUUCUAUAACUCAAAACAAUCUAGGUUCAGAAUCUGCACAAAAAGAAGCUUAUAAAGAUGACAAUACAAGAAGGGUUGUUAUUGUCAGUGAAGGUGCUGGGGAUGUUGUAGCUUUAUUAGGCUCAAUUCGUCUGAUGAAGUAUUUAUCUCAGGAUCACUUAUUUGGAAAAGAAAAGCCAUUGAAACUUGUUGUAGAUGCUGGAACUGGGACAACAGCUGUUGGUUUAGGACUUGGAACCAUUUGCUUAGGGCUCCCAUGGGAGAUCACUGCUGUAAUGCUAGCUGAUACAGUUGAAGGUUACCAACAACAAGAGAAACACUUGAUUUCCAAUUUCAAGAGGCAUUUUGAUUUGAAUUCCAUUGAAAAUGGAUUGGAUGAUAUAGACAACGGUAUUGUGCAUUGGGUAGAACGUCACAAUCCACGAAAUGACUAGAGAAAUAGCCUCAGUGUCGUGAGAUGAAGAACCAAUGGAGAUAAUCAGAUUAAAGAGAGUGGAGGGGUGAGAAGAUGCAUCCGAAGUGAGGCUCUCCUUCUCGGCAGCCAUGAUGGAUUGAUGCGUGAGAGGAAGAACAAAAAAAAAGAGAAUAGAUGGGAAAGAAAGAAAAAAAAAAGGAACGAUUUAUGAGAACAAAUUCUCUGAUACCAUGUGAAUUUCUGAAUAAUCGUUGCCUAUUAAUAGGCAGAUUGCAACUGAAACAAAAAUGAUUAUUUUUUUUAGUUGAGCAGAAAGCAUAUAUUUCUUUCUACGUAUCAACUGCAUAAUAAAUGUUUGAGAAAGAGUCUGAAGGGGGUGUAUGCACAUGUAUGCUCACCUUGCAUUCGAUCCAUGUUUUUACCUGUGUUUUAUUCAUGUAUAGUUUUAAUCUACACCCACCUUUAUUUGUGUUUUUUUUUUUGUCUGCAAUACUCUUUAAAAUAAUAAUUAUAAUUUAAUAAAUACAAAAGCAACAUUAAUAUAACUAAUCAAUGUUAAAACUAAAAUUUAUAAAAUUAAUCGAUGUUAGGUAAAAUACAAAACAUCAUGGUGGGCAUGGAGUUAACAAAAAUGGUUCCUUAAAAUAACUUUGUAAGUAACAAAGCUAUUCUUAGUUAGAGUUUGACUAAACAAUUAGAGGGUACCCUUGAAGUUACUCAUACUUGGUGUAAUUGACUGUGUUAUGCUUAUGAUGAUUCCCUAAUAGAAGAAAAGGUCAACCUAUCUUUACUUUUAUCUGGCAUUUGACAAAGCACAAGUGAAGACACAUUUGCUACCAUUCCAUGAGUAUGUUUUUUACAUUUUACAAGACCAGACUGAUCUC